AUGAGUCCGCUGUCGUCCGAGAUUCUGCUGCUGCGCGAGCUUGAGCUGGCGCCCGUCAUGAUGUACCCGCAGCAGGUGUCGCGCGCCACGGAGAUCCGCCUGUUCCUGUCGCGCAUCGAGUUCAUCGCCAUCCACGAGGCCAUCGAGCGCGAGGAGGGCGUCGUGUACUUCGUGCUGGACGUGUACCGCUACCGCCAGCAAAAGGGGCUGCCCUCCACGCGCAGCAGCCGCAGUCGCAAGCUGUCGGCGGGGCAGCCCGCGCAGCACAAGCGGCUGGCGGACCGCGAGCCGCAGAACCGCGGGCCGGACUACCAGAUCGAGCAGCGCUACUCGAGCUUCGCGCGGCUGCGCUCGAACGUGGCGCACAUCGCGCGCAAGCACCACCCCAAGUGCCAGGCGUGCGCGUACUGCUCCGGCCUGCUGGACUUCCUGCACGUGGCGCCGUGCAAACCUAGUCUCAAGGUCAAGUUCACGACCACCACCGAGGAGCGCAAGCACAUCCUCAGCACGUUCAUCAACGAGCUCGUGCGCGUGGCGCGCGAGGACUACACGACCUGCCCGAGGUCGCUGCGUGGCUACCACAUCAUCCCGGCGCUCGUCAAGCGCUUCCUGUCCGAGCAGACCGGCGAGUCGUUCUUCUCCUGA